AUGGCAACGCCAUCGAUAACGGUGUUUCCUACCCGCAAGGUCUCCAAGAUCAACCGGAACAUCUAUUCGGGCUUCACAGAGCACAUGGGCCGCUGCAUAUACGGUGGCAUUUACGACCCAUUAAACUCAAACAGGGACUUGGUCGACUCGGAAGGGUUUCGAAAAGACGUGAUAGACGCCCUGAAGCCGCUCGACAUCCCAGUCUUUCGCUACCCAGGCGGCAAUUUCUGCGCCACGUACCACUGGCUAGACGGGAUAGGGCCGAGAGACCAGCGGCCUUCGAGGCCAGAUUUGGCAUGGGACAACGUCGAAACGAAUCAAUUCGGCACAGACGAAUUCAUGGCGUGGUGCAGGGCUGUCAACGCCGAGCCAUAUCUUUGUCUGAACUUCGGGACCGGCACACUUGACGAGGCAAUGGCGUGGGUGGAAUACUGCAACGGCACCAAAGACACCUACUAUGCGAACCUGCGACGGAAACACGGUCAUCCAGAACCGUACAACGUCAAGUACUGGGCAUUGGGGAACGAGAUGUGGGGGCCCUGGCAGGUCAACCAGAUGACCCAGGAAGCGUACGCGGAGCGGGCUCUUCAAUGGGCAAAGGCGCUCAAACUCCUCGAUCCGACCAUUCAACUUGUCCUCUGUGGUAAAGAGGGCGCCACGACAUGGGACUAUUACACCCUGAAACACUGCCUGCAGCCGGCAGGCCUGAGCGAUCUGGGCGAGGAGCGCGUGCCGCUGAUCGACAUGCACAGCAUCCACCUGUACACCGCGAGCGAUGACCACUACGAGAACGUGACCGCGCCGCUUGCAGCGGAGCGCAGCAUUGAAGUCUGCGCGAGCCUGAUCGACCUCGCCAUGGUCGAGAACAAGAUCCCUCCCACGCAGAAAAGACCAACGAUCUGCUUCGACGAGUGGAACGUGUGGCUGCCCACCCGCGCUGUGGGAAGCCAAGGUGCCGAGGAGACCUACACCCUCUCCGACGCGCUGGCCGUCGCGGUGUGGCUAAACGUGCUGGUCCGCCAGUCCAAAGACGUGGGCAUGGCGUGUAUCGCGCAGAGCGUCAACGUCAUCAGUCCCCUGAUGACCACGGAGAAAGGCAUCAUCAGGCAGACGACGUGGUGGCCGUACGAGCUGUUUUGCAGGUUCAUGAAGGGCCACCAGGUCGCCGUCCACUUGGAAUGCGAGUCGUACACGGGGCCAACGCGGCCGGACUGGGUGAGGGCCCUCAAAGCCACUCCAUGGUUGGACGUCAGCGCUGCGCUCGACGAUGAAGGUUGGGUCAGUGUCUGCGUGGUCAACAUCCACGCAGAGCAUGAUUUGAAGACAACCCUCAAAGGCCUGCAGGCGUCCAAGGCCGAGGUCUACACAGUCACGGGCGCAAAUCUCAGGGUUACAAACAUGGCUGGCAAGGAGGAAGUUGGGCUGCAGAAGUCGGAUUGGGAUCUGAGCAAGACCUCGACAUUCGUCUUUCCAAGGAGUUCCAUCACGAUGUUGAGAUGGAAAAGCUCGUAG